AUGGGUGAAAUCAAGGUCGAACGCGAUAGCUUCGCAGUCCAGAUUUCCAGUAUUACGGCUCAACGCAAGCGGCUCAACCGAGAUCUCGCCGAUCGGGAAGGCAACUGUAGCCAAUCAGCAGAAAAGAUGGCCGAGUUACAUGCUGAACGUGAUCAAGCGCUUCAGUCGAAGUAUUCAGUCUUCACUCGCAUGGAUGAACUGGUCGCCAGCGCCUCUUCGAAUCAGUCGCCUGCGCCUGCUUUACGUCCAAAAACUUUUUUUUCCACUUCGAAACAAGCGAUGGCCUCCUGCCUCGAAGUCCGGGAAGCUGAAAACUAA